GCAUUUCUCCUCUAUCUAUCUCUGCCGGUAGUGUCCGUAUGACUCCACAUCGACGCAUGUCGCAUUUCUAAUAGAGGAAACCUUGGACAUCCCUAGAAAUUUAUCUUUUUUCUCAAGAAACAAACGGAAAACCCUAGCCCUCGCAAAGGUUCAAACUAAUCUUCAAUGGCGGUUUCAGAGGAAGAGUGUUCCUCCGCCAAGUCCCGAUCGUCUUCGUCCGCGUCUAGCAGCAGCACUCACUACCUCGCAAAGUGCGUCCUCCGAGGAAGCGUCGUCCUCCAGGUCCUCUACGGUCACAUCCGCUCCCCAACCUUCCUCGACGUCGUUUUCGGCAAGGAGACAUCCAUAGAGUUGGUAAUCAUUGGUGAAGAUGGAAGUGUACAAUCUGUAUGUGAGCAGCCUGUAUUUGGCACAAUUAAAGAUAUUGCCAUCCUACCCUGGAAUGAGAAGUUCCACGUACGAAACCCACAGAUGCUGGGUAAAGACCUUGUGGUUGUUAUUUCUGAUUCGGGGAACCUCUCAUUUCUCACAUUUUGCAAUGAAAUGCACAGGUUUCUCCCGCUAACACAUGUUCAACUUUCCAAUCCUGGAAACUCAAGGCAUCAGCCUGGAAGAAUGUUGGCUGUUGAUUCCAGUGGCUGUUUCAUUGCUGCUAGUGCAUAUGAAGAUCGGUUGGCUCUGUUUUCCGUUUCAAUGUAUAAUGACACUGAUAUCAUUGAUAAGAGAAUAAUUUACCCUCCUGAAAAUGAAGGGGAUGCAAGUGUUUCCAGAAGCAUCCAGAAAAACAGUAUACGGGGUACCAUAUGGAGCGCAUGCUUUAUUUCACAAGAUUCCUGUCAACCAAGUAAGGGGCAUAAUCCUGUACUAGCCAUUCUUCUAAAUAGGCGGGGAGCAGAUGGGAAUGUACUUCUGUUAUUGGGAUGGAAUAUCAGAGAAUGUGCUAUAUCUGUUAUCUCUGAGUAUACGGAACCUGGACCCUUGGCGCAUAAUAUUGUUGAAGUUCCACACUGUAAUGGGUUUGCCUUUAUGUUCAGGGUUGGUGAUGCUCUCUUAAUGGAUCUUAGAGAUCCGCACAAUCCCUGCUGUCAAUCUCGAACAAGCUUAAAUUUUUUACCUAUUGCGGUUGAUGAGCAUGAUUUUGUUGAGGAAUCGUGUAGAGUACAUGAUGUUGAUGAUGAAGGUUUAUUUAAUGUUGCUGCAUGUGCUUUGCUGGAGUUGAGGAGGGAUUAUGAUCCUAUGUGUAUAGAUGGUGAGAGUGCAAAUGUGGGUUCAGCCUGCAAACAUGUAUGCUCGUGGAGUUGGGAACCAGAACAUCAUAAAAAUCCAAGGAUGAUUUUUUGUGUGGAUAGUGGAGAAUUUUUUAUGAUUGAAAUUUCGUUUGAUUCUGAUGGCCCUAAAGUUAAUCUAUCAGAAUGCCUUUAUAAAGGUCUACCAUGCAAGGAACUUUUGUGGGUUCAAGGCAGAUAUCUGAUUGCAGUUGUGGAGAUGGGGGAUGGGAUGGUCCUCACACUGGAGAAUGGAAGACUGCAUUACACAAGUACUAUUCAAAACAUUGCACCAAUAUUAGAUAUGUCAGUUGUGGAUUACCAUGAUGAGAAACAUGAUCAAAUGUUUGCCUGCUGUGGAGUGGCACCAGAGGGAUCGUUAAGGAUUAUUCGCAGUGGUAUUAGUGUAGAAAAAUUGUUGAAGACUGCUCCUAUUUAUCAAGGCAUAACUGGUACUUGGACAGUUCGAAUGAAAGUAAUUGAUUCUUAUCAUUCUUUUCUUGUGCUAUCAUUUGUUGAAGAGACCAGGGUACUAUCGGUUGGCUUAAGUUUUACUGAUGUGACUGAUUCAAUUGGUUUCCAGCCUGAUGUCUGUACUUUAGCAUGUGGCCUUGUAAGUGAUGGUUUGCUUGUCCAGAUUCACCAAAAUGCUGUCAGGCUUUGUUUACCUACCAAGGUUGCUCAUUCUGAGGGCAUCCCUUUGUCCUAUCCAGUUUUCACAUCUUGGUUCCCAGACAAUAUGAGUAUUAGUUUGGGGGCAGUUGGACAUAAUAUGGUGGUUGUUUCUACCUCUAAUCCAUGCAUUUUAUUUAUCCUUGGGAUCAGAUUUCUAUCAGCUUAUAAUUACGAAAUAUAUGAAAUGCAACGUCUGAGUCGGGAAAAUGAAUUAUCAUGCAUUUCAAUACCUCAAAAACAUUUUGAGCAAAAACAAUCAAGUUCUUCCAUCAAUCUGAUAAAUAAUAGCCGUGUGGAUGCCUAUCCAGUUGGACUUGACAUUGGUAAAACCUUUGUUAUUGGGACACAUAGGCCUUCAGUAGAAAUCUUGUCCUUUAUACCGAAUAAAGGCUUACGAGUCCUUGCUUUAGGGAUGAUUUCAUUAACAAAUACCAUGGGAACUGCUAUAAGUGGCUGCAUUCCUCAAGAUGUAAGGCUUGUAUCAGUUGAUAGGCUUUAUAUACUCUCUGGUUUGAGGAAUGGAAUGCUGCUCCGGUUCGAGUGGCCUGAUGCCUCCAAAGUGUCUUCAUCAGAAAAUACAUAUGCUGCCUUAUCAGGAGUGCCAACUUCUUGUAGCCCACGUCUGUGCGAGGCUAAUCUAUUGAAGACAGGCGACUUAGCUGUUAAUCUUCAGUUGAUUGCCAUUCGUCGCAUUGGCAUCACUCCUGUUUUCCUCGUUCCACUGAGUGAUUCACUUGAUGCAGAUUUAAUUGCUCUUAGUGACAGACCUUGGUUGUUGCAUACUGCAAGGCACAGCCUCUCUUAUACAUCCAUCUCAUUUCAACCUUCAACACAUGUGACCCCUGUAUGUUCUGUGGAAUGUCCAAAAGGAGUCUUAUUUGUUGCAGAGAACAGUCUACAUUUGGCGGAGAUGGUGCAUAGUAAGAGGCUGAAUGUGCAGAAAUUUCAUCUUGGAGGCACUCCACGGAAGGUCUUAUAUCAUAGUGAAAGCAGGCUAUUACUUGUAAUGAGAACUGAAUUGAGCAAUGAUAUGUAUUCAUCCGACAUAUGUUGUGUGGAUCCCCUUAGUGGGUCGGUCCUAUCAUCUUUUAAACUUGAACUUGGAGAAACAGCAAAAUCCAUGGACUUGGUGAGGGUUGGAAGUGAACAGGUCCUGGUGGUUGGGACUAGUCUGUCUUCCGGUCCAGCCAUAAUGCCUAGUGGUGAAGCUGAGAGUACCAAGGGCCGUCUUAUUGUCCUCUGCUUUGAACAUGUGCAAAAUUCAGAUAGUGGUUCAAUAACAUUCUGUUCAAAGGCAGGGUCAGCUUCUCAACGAACUUCACCAUUUUGUGAAGUUGUUGGGUAUGCCACAGAACAGCUAUCAAGCAGCAGUCUCUGCAGCAGCCCAGAUGAUACUAGCUGUGAUGGAGUCAAACUUGAAGAGACUGAAGCAUGGCAAUUGCGCUUAGCUUAUUCAACUACAUGGCAGGGAAUGGUCCUUGCAAUAUGUCCUUAUCUUGAUCGUUACUUCUUGGCAUCUGCCGGUAAUAGUUUUUUUGUAUGCGGUUUUCCAAGUGACAAUCCUCAAAGGAUGAAACGGUUUGCUGGAGGAAGGACACGAUUUAUGAUAACAUCUUUGACUUCAUAUUUUACUAGAAUUGCUGUUGGUGAUUGCCGUGAUGGUAUCCUUUUCUAUUCUUACCAUGAGGAUUCCAAAAAACUGGAGCAUCUGUAUUCUGACCCAUCACAGAGGUUAGUUGCUGAUUGUAUCCUUAUGGAUGUUGACACUGCUGUUGUUUCGGAUCGUAAAGGAAGCAUUGCGGUUCUGUCAUCUUCAGAUCGUUUAGAAAAUAAUGGAAGUCCAGAAUGCAACUUGACUCUUAGCUCUGCUUAUUAUAUGGGUGACAUAGCAAUGAGCAUCAGGAAGGGGUCAUAUUUAUAUAAACUUCCAACUGAUGACGUGCUGAAUGGUAUUGACUUGUCACACAACACUAUCAUCGCCGGUACACUAUUAGGAAGCAUUAUAAUCUUUAUUCCCAUAUCAAGGGAAGAACAUGAGCUCUUAGAAGCAGUCCAAGCUAGACUUGUGGUUUAUUCAUUGACUGCUCCAGUUCUAGGAAAUGAUCAUAAUGACUUCCGUAGCCGUGAAAACCCGGUUGGGGUACCUAAAAUACUCGAUGGUGACAUGCUGACUCAGUUCUUGGAGCUUACAAGUUUGCAGCAAGAGGACAUAUUGUCGUUACCUCUUGGUUUAUUGGAUACUGUAAAAUCAACCUCCAAACCACAUUUAUCUUCAGCUAUCCCUGUAAAUCAGGUGGUGCAACUCCUUGAACGAGUUCAUUAUGCAUUGAACUAAAUGCAUCUUCUCUUCUUCUCUCCAAUCGUUAAUCAUGAGAUGGAUUUUCAUUUGCAAUACCAAAUGUUUAUGGCGGUAUCUUCA